AUGUCUCUGAACGCCGCUGAUAUUCAGAAGAAGCACGAAGGCGACCAGGAAUCCCCCUCGGUACAGCCUGAAACGUCUUCGGCUGACGGUCAUUUUACCCAGUCCAAUGGCCAUAUCGAACCGGAUUUCCAGGAAGCGUUCCCGUCUCUUGCCCCGUCUUCCCAAGUGUCGAGCAAACCUGCGGCUACGGCCUGGGGCUCUGCUGUAGGCCCACGCAUCAGGUCCACAAUCCCUAAACAGGUCAUGUUUACUGACUCGUUCAAUCUUUCUUCCGCGGAUAUUGCUGCCGCUGGCAAGGAUGGCAAGCCGGUUUCUCCUGGUGAAAUUAUGAAGCAAGUCAUGGCUCAGUACAAGGUCAAGCUCGACGCGUCUACCAACAACAGAUCACGUCAGACUAUGUUUUAUCUCAAGGCGGAAUCUCAGAAGGAACUUGAAAAGGCUAAGCGUACUCUGAUCGCACUCCUCAGCCCUGUUAUUUCUAUAAUCCUCAACGCGCCAGUUUCAACGAUUCCCUCCAUUGUCGGUACAAAAGGUGCAACUCUUAUCAAAGUACGCGAACAGACGGGUGUGAGGAUUGACAUUCCACGUCGGGAGAAUAUCCCUGCCCCCAAUGGAAAUGGUGCUGCUCCAUCUACAUCUGGUGUGACUACUCCCCAGCCUACCGCGGAUGAUGAAGAGGAGGAGCCUACUGUUCCCAUUACGAUAACUGGUCCUCAAUCUUCGGUGUUUGAAGCACAAGGCCUACUCAACGAGAUUAUCGCGUUGAGACGCUCCGGUUCCACUCAGCGUGUGCGCGAUAUUCCGGCUCAUAUUCUACCGUUCCUUAUUCCUCGUCGAAGCAUGUUCGAAGCGGCUGCUGAGGGUGGUAAUGUAUCGUUGUCGUUGAACCAGUCCUUGCGCGAAAUCACUGUCUCGGGUGAGCGUGAAGCCGUUCUUCGCGUGGUCGAAACUAUCCGGUCAGCCAUGGACUACUUCUCGAAGGAGGUUACGAAACUACAAAUUACCUUGCCCAAACGCCAGCACCGUUUACUCACAGGUGUUGGUGCGGAUGACAUCAUGGCGAAGAGCAAAUGUGCUGUACUCAUUCCCCAACCCGAGGAAGCUAGCGAGGAGAUAGUCGUGUGGGGUAAGCCGACGGAACUUUCAACUGGUUUACAGGCGGUGAUGGAGAAGGCGAAUUCGGCAUAUAUCCACGAAUUCCCGCUCCCUGGUCCUAUUGCGCUCUCUCGUCAGUUGCUCACGUACUUUACGCGUAUUGACUAUCCGCAAACGCUAAGCUACUCUAAUCCCGGCAUUUCGGUCUACACGCCCCCGGCUGCUACUAUCGAAAGAUCUACUGUCCUGAACGUAGACAUUGUUGGUGACAAACCCGCCGUCGAUACAGCGGUUAGUCAGCUAUCGGCCCUCAUUGGAAAACUCAUAGGCGCUACGAAGGAGGUCAAUAUCGACUGGCUGGUACACCGUAUCAUCAAUUCGAAUAAGAAUGCUAAGAAGAUCAAGACCUUCCAUGAAACGUAUAAUGUCGUUGUAUAUUUCCCACCCGAGUCGGCGGAGCAGUCUUCAGUGCUACUCGUGUAUGAUCCUACCUCACCUUCGGCGUCACCAUCUCCAGAUGAGAAAGCCAAGAACCUCGAAGAGGUGGAGAAGGAGUUACUCAAGAUGGCGCGCGACGCUGCUGAUGUAAAGACACAGACGGUGCCUGUAGAGAAGAAAUGGCACGAGGCUGUCGUUGGCCAGGGUGGCACCACUCUAAAUGCGAUCAUUGGUGAGGAUAAGACACUUUCCAUCAAGGUUGGUGCCGACGCUGGGGAUACUUCCACCGAAGAUGUCAUCCUUGUCCGUGGCAUUAGUGCCGAUGUGGAUCGUGCAGUGAAGGAAAUCCUGAAAAUUGUGGAAGAUGCUAAAAAUGAUGAGAUUGUCAGUGGUUAUUCGAUUGAGUUUGACAUAGACAAGGAAUAUGUCGGUCGAAUUGUAGGAUCUCAAGGCUCAGGCGUCAACAGGCUCCGCGAUUCGCUUGGUGUCAAGAUUGAUUUUUCUGACGAUGUAGACGAGAAAGAAAAAGAUAUCGGUAAGAAAAAGAAGACGGCUCACGCGAAGUCCCAUGUUAAGAUUGUGGGUCGCAAAGAGAAUGUCGAGGAGACCAAGAAGCGGAUCCUCGCACAAGUCGAAAGACUCGCCGAUGAGACUUCGGAGGUCUUGAAGAUCCCUCAUCAGUACCACGCCGGAUUGAUCGGGCAGGGUGGUAAAUACGUUAUUCGCCUGGAAGAGAAGCAUGGUGUCAAGAUCACUUUCCCUCGGGAAUCGGCCGAGAACGGCGAGGGAAGGACCAGGGAACAACUCAAACCUGACGAGGUUCUUGUCAAGGGCGGCCGGAAGGGCGUCGCAGCUGCUAAAUCUGAAUUACUUGAUGCGAGUCCAAUCGCUGCUGAUUUCGAGAAAGAAAACGAUCAUGUCAUUAACUUCACCAUUCCAAGUCGGACUGUUGCUCGCAUUCUUGGCAAAGGCGGUGCUUCUAUCAGGGAGAUAAAGGAUAUGACCGGCACCCAGAUUGACGUUGACAGAGCAGACGACAAGAUCACUAAUGUCAGCGUGCGGGGUUCGAAGCUAGCAAUUGCAGAAGCCAAAGCAGCUAUUCUUGCCAUUGCCGAACAAAUUGGUGAGGAGACUACUGACUCGGUCGAGGUAGAGAGCAGAUUUCACCGUGCUAUCAUUGGCGCGGGCGGUCAAGGCUUGAAGGAACUGAUCGUUCGUUGCGGGGGUCCGUCUGACUCCAAGGCGCAAGCGGGCCUUGUCCGAUUCCCUCGUCAGGGUGAACCUUCCGAUGAAGUCCGUCUUCGUGGCGAACCCAAGCUUGUUGCCAAGAUUAAAGCUGAGCUAGAGAACACUGUGGCUGCUCUCAGGGACCGCAUCGUGCUUGCCGUGGAAGUUCCUGCUGCGCAGCAUCGUGCUCUGAUUGGCCGGGGUGGCCAGCAUCUAGUUGAGUUGCAAAAUCGGACUGGAGUACAAGUCCAAUUCCCUGGCUCCCGCUCCUACCAUCAAGUGGGCGAGCCUGAGAAUGCUGCAGACCUGAAUGGCGUUGAUCCUGCCAAUAUAGUUAAGGUGUCCGGUCCUAGAGCUGGUUGCGAGAAGGCUAUUGAUGAAUUGAAGACACAAGUGAAGCCUGCCGCGCCGGAGGCGGUUAUGGCUACAGUGACCGUGCCGUUGAAAUACCAUCAUGCCGUUACACAGCAAGGGAAUUUCUUCCGCACGCUGCGUUCAUCCGGUGUAUUAGUUGAACACUCUAAGCUUCCUCAGAAACCUGCUGUGCCCCCACAUCCUGUUCCUCAGGCCGAUGCGGCAGAGGCACGCAUCGACGAUACCGAAAUUGCUGCGGGUGCACCUGAGGUACAAUGGCAAGUUGUGCCAAACUACCAGGAUGCCGAAGAGGGCGACUCAGAUUGGACAUUGAAAGCUCGCGAUCAGGCCAGUCUAGAUAAAGCCUUAAAACUCACACAAGAGGCGAUUGAGCAUGCCGAGAAGAUGUCUCACGUCGGCUUCUUAACGCUCCCUGACCGUUCAUCGUUCCCAAGGAUCGUUGGAUCAAAGGGAGCCAACGUUGCUCGGUUGCGAAAUGAGAGCGGAGCUGAUAUCACUGUCAGCCGUGAUGAUACCACAAUUACGGUCAUCGGCUCUGAGGAUGCAAUUGAGACCGCUAAAGAGGCUAUCCUCAAAGUUGCCUCUCAGAGCCGUUCAAGGGGGCGUCGCGAUGUCUGA